AUGAAUAUUUAAUAGAUUAAAUAUAUUGAGCAAGAUAACAUUCUAUAUUUAUUGAAAGACUUCAGCUAAACUUAUUCAAUUCUGAAAAAUUACGAAAAUUUAUUCCCAGAUGAAGUUAAGACUCAUAUUAUAAGUGAAAAUAUCUACAUAGAUUUCAAAUCGCAAUGCUACGAUAAUUUGCAGUUAGAGCAUUAGGGAAAUAACCAGUAUUAGGAUGAAUUCAAGCAUGCAUUCUCACAUUAAAGCAACAAAGUUGCUUCAAACAAUGAGCAAAAGGUUUGUGUUUAAACAGAAUUGCAAGAUUUUGAUGUGGAAUAUGAAGAUGAUAGCAAUAACAAUGAUUUCUAUGAGGAAGAAGAUGAGGGUUUCUAUAUUGUAAAAAGGGAAGAAAUAGCUGGGUUAAUAGAACAGGAAAGGUAGAAAUUAAAAUCACAAAUAAAAGUUGAGCCCUUGUUCACUUAUCAACCAGAUGACUCAGAUUUAAAUAAGCAAGAAAUUCUAAUAUAAAACAAAAAAUUUUACUAAAAAUACUUGAGAUUUAUUAGGCAUUGUGAGCAGUAAUUGGACAUUCUAUUAUCUUAAUUUGAGAUUCUUUAACCACGAAUAUCAAUGUUUGCAAAGAAAUCUGAGAAGAUUGUCAACUAAAAAGUUUAACAGUAACAAUGCAAUUUUUCUGCAAUUAAACAUUACUUUAUCACUUUGAAAAAAGAGUAUGAUUAAUGGUUUUUCAUACUGAUUGAUAUUUUCCAAGGUAUUGAGGAAAUAGUUAUGGCUUUAGAAAAAUUACAAUGGGGGAUAAAAGAUGAAUUAGUGAGUUUAAAAAAAGAAGAUGAGAAAUGCCGGUGGGGAAUUUAUAGCUCUGCUAUUAUAACUCUAAUGGGUAUGCCUGUUUCAGGUUAUUCAGUAGCUUUGGCUAUUGGAACGGGCUCUUUCCAAUAUAAAAGACAUUAGAUUAGCUAAAAGAUGUAACUCCUUAUGUAGUAUCAUGAAGUUAAUGAUAAAAAUCUUCGAAUUAUAAGGGAAAAAGAGGAUAUAAUCAGAAAAAUAAUUGAUGUUCAAGUUCAAAAUGUAAAGGUUGGAAUAGACUUGAUGUUUGAGAGUGCUUCUAAGAAAAGAUUUGGAACAUAUGAACAAACUAUAAAUCUACUCAAGCUACUUUAAAAAGAUGAUCAUUUAAACAGUAGCUAUUAUAUGUGUAUUACAGUAAUGGAUGCUAUGAGUUUGAAUACACUUAAUGAUGACUAUAUAAAAUGA